AUAUAUAUAUAUAUAUAUUAAAACAACCGUAAUUGAUUCCCUCUGGAGGCGAACCCUGGCCAACAGCAGCGAGAGUUAAGGCCAAGUUAAGGCAGCCAUCCGGCCGAAGAUGGACCAGCGUAAUCUAACACUGCCAACGCCAGCCGCAACAACAAUUAUGUCCUCGUCAUCCGCAGCAACAGCGGCAGCAGCAGCAAUGGCCAGCUUCGUAUCCGGAUCCGGAGUACCGACCACAUCUGCGAUGGCGGCCACGACACUGGCAUUAGCAAAUGCAACAACAUCAACGGCAACAGCAACGGCGGUGGCCACAGCACCAACAACACCAGCCACAUUUUUUACCUACAGCAUACCAGGCAUGGACAUAGCGCCAGGACCAUUUAUAUUCACCUACGUUAGUGAAUUUUUAUCGCUUAUCACGCCCGAGGAAUUGCCGCUGGAUUCCAUUCGCGAUGUUCUACACAAAAAUGUCAGCCUGCUGGACUUUGCCUCCAAUGCCAUUAAAAUCGAGUCCGGCUUCAUAGCUCUGAUGAGCGUGUUCGCCAUUUUGGCCCUUGUGCCGCUGAUUGCCACCUGUGCCUGGUGCUGCGGUCGUCGGUCCACGCAGGAGGAGGUGGACCACAUACGGAAUGCACCGUGCAACAUCCGCGACGAGGCGCUGGAGGAAAGCUUGCGAUGCCGCAAGAGUGCCGGCCUGGUUACCCUUUGGAUUGUGUUCGUGCUGCUAACGUUGAGCGACUUUAGUAUAUUCUACGCUAAUAGUCGCCUAUCCGCCGGAAUUGAAAUGACGCCCGAAAUGGUCCAGUCAGCCGUUCACGAUGUGGAGGUCUUCCUGAAGGACACGCAUCUGCAAAUCAAACACAAACUGGAUAAUGGCUUUCACGUUUCCGUGGAGCGGGUCGUCAAAGACUUGGAAGACGUGGACGUCCUCCUUGGCGAGCCGAUUCAAGCGGAAAUAUCUGCACACACUGGCCUUGAGCUGGCGUAUGAUUCACUGACGACACUCAGCCUGGCGAACGCGGAGCUCAUCUAUCGCGUCCUCAUGCUCCAGGAGACGGUCGGCCGGGCACUGAAGCUGUCCCAGGAGGCGGCCGCCCGGAUGGAGGAGCUGCAGAUCCAGUUGUCCGUGCUGCAGCGCCAGUGCACGUACCGCGACCGCCCGCUUUGCGAUACAUUGCGUAUACGUAGCUUCGAGGAAAACGGCGUGGUGGACGCACUGAAGACUCUGCAAGAGGACCAGAGCAUCUUCCGUAUGCGCUACUUGGGUGAAAUUGAAUUUGGGGCCACUGUCAAAAAUCUGACAUCGGAAGUUGGCGUGUCACGUUCCAUUUUCAGCAAUUUCCCGCAACAAGUUAAACAUGACACGGCAUAUGAGCGGAACUACACGCUGGAGCAACUGGCGAGCAUUCGGCAUCGGACAACGGCCAAUGCCCAGCAGCUGACCUCCAUCGUGAACGCACUGCUCCGGCGACUGGAGGGCACAUGGCCCUCUAUGCAGCCGGCGUACAAUGAGCUCAAGGAAUGGGCGGACGCCUACUGGAGUGUGGGCUGGAUUGCCGGCAUGGUGAUCGUCUGGGUGAUGCUCUUCAUGCUGAUGUCCUACUGCUGUUUCCUCUGCGAGUCGAACUCCAAGUCGGGUGUGGUCUUCUUUAUUGCUGUGAUGCUCAUCUGUCUGGCCAGCAUUGGUCUUACCAUUUAUGGUGUGUUUUCUCUGGCCAUUGGUGGCAACGCCGAGGUCUUUGUCUGCCGAUCGCUGUACGAUGAGGAUUACUCCACGCUGAGCAAGCUGCUGGAUAAGCCGGGCUACGCAUACGCCCGGGAGCCCCAGACGGGCAUCAUUGGUGAGCUCUUACGUCCCGCUGGCGUCAAUCGUUCCGUGGUCAAUGUGGGCCUCGGUCAGGCCCUCAGAGGCUGCGAGCAAAAUCAAGCAUCGUACAAUGUCUUUCAAUUGGAUGCAUUCGUGAAUACCACCAAAAUAGCCGAUUUGAAGCAGUUCCCCAAAGUGUCCACCGCCAUCGAUGCGAUAUCCGUGUCCGGGCGUACGCUCCUCUCGCUGACGCAGUCCAUUCAGAACAUACUGGAGAACAUGCUGCAGACGUCCUCGUUCAAUUUAACCACGUACCGCAGCAGCGUGGGUGCACCCACGCCCGAAAAGGAUUUGGCCACGUUCAUUGAUCAGAUGCAGCGGGUGGCCCUGCAGAUUCAGGAUGUGGCCACGUCCUCGCGCAUGACCACGCUGGGUAGCAGGGCCAAGCGGUUACAGGCCGCGAUUCUCCAGCCGCUGGAGAACCUGCAAAAUGAGAUACUCUAUCACCUGACCGCACUGGAGCUGCAGCGGGAUCCCUGGGCCAAGCAGGUCAACCAGACGCUCAACCACCUGAAGAGUAUCCAGGGUUAUUUGGAAAACAAGGCCGGCGAGAUAUGUCACAAUAUGACACGGACCUAUACGGAUCGCCUGAAGGCCUACCUGACCAGCAGUCGUGCCACCAUGGAGUCCCAGCUGGGCGAUACCACCACCAAGUGCCGACCCUUCUACGACACCUUCGAUGCCAGCCGCUCCUUCCUCUGUCACAACAUGGUGGACUUCAUCAACGGCCUGACCUUCUUCAUUUUCCUCACUCUGCUCCUCUGGGCCAUAGGCACUCCGGUUGGCCUUAAUUUGAUUACCGUCCAAACCCGUCUGAAUGCCAUGCAGGCGGCCCAAACGCGCAGCAAGAACCGCCAUAGGCGGAGCGACCGGAGUCCGGAGCAGGAGCAGCGCGGCGAGAGUCGUGGCAGGAAGAAGCAGCGAACCAGCAGUGCCGCGGCCAGCGGCAGGAGCGGCAAGCGGGAGAAGAGCCGGGAAAGGAGCACCAGCAGCACGGCACGACCAAAGCCACCACUACGACGCACUGCCACCGAGGAAACCCUGGACCUGGCUGACGAAGAUUCAACUCCAUCAAGGGAACAGCAGCAACAGCAACAGCAUCAGCAGCAGCGGCGGCAGGAGCAGAACCAGCGGGAAACGGAUAGGGAGCGGGAGCGGAUCAGGGAUCAGAGGAGUCGGGAGCGUGAACUGAGCCGUGGCCGCGACGUUUCCGCCUUGAACACGCCGGUGCGCAGCCGUAGUCGCCAGCAGCUGCGCCACGACCCCGAGGAUGACAAUUGGGGUUCGUCCAGUGGACCCAGUAGGGCCAAUUCCCAUGAAAGGGAACGUGAAACCAGUCAGACUAGAAAGAUUCUGAAUAUUUGGCAGUCGCGUAAUAAGAUCAAGCCGCCGCUUGGCCGGCAGGGCACUGAGGAGUUCGACUUUGAAGAUCAUCCCGAGGACAGUGGUUGGCGUAGCCAGAAUCAGACUCAGAGCCAGAACCAGAAUCAGAGUCACAGCCAUACCCAUAAUCAGUCCAGUGUUAGUCCAGAGCAACGACCCACAGAUCCGCGCAGCCAUCGCCCCAAUCUUCGUACUAAGCCAAAGUUACGUAGUACUCGCACCAACGCGGAUAGAGCUAGCAGUGAAAUGGUCCGGCGUCCUGUAACCCCCGUGCUUCGCGUCAAUCCGGACAUUCCGGCCGCCGUUCCGAUGCCCCGCACGCCGAUGCGAUUGAAGAGCAAGGUAUCACUGACCGCCCGAGCCGUGCAGGACAUUGUCAACAAGCGGAAUCAGCGCCUCCAACGCACUGGCACCGAUGAAUUCGACCUGGACGAAAGCGAUGCCUACGGUGCUGGAGCUCAUAUGGAUGCGGACGUUGCGGCCGCUCGACGCACUCCGCCCAGGGGCGCUCCGCCGCCACCGCCUCCGCCAGCGGCCGGCAUGAACAGCGAUCGCACGGUGCGCUGGAACGAGGACGAAACCGAGGACUUUGAGUUCGAGGAGGCCGACGCACCGAAGAGUCCCAUGUAUCUGAGCCACAACCUUCACUGAGGAACCCAUCGAUCUUCUUCUCAAGUCCCCCAUCUCAAAUAUAUAUUGGAGUUUCUUUUGUAUUUCGCUUCUAUCGCUCCCUAGUAUAUAAGUGAAAUGUAGUUAUAGUAUCGAACCAAUAUGUUGUAGGCAUUUAACAACCGUAAUAAAUCAAUAAUCUAUAACGAA